CAUAAAGCUGCAGGGCCCUCCAUCGUCUUACUCACCCAGACACAUACCCAGUACAGAAGUGCCAGUCAAGAUGUUCUACGAACCAGGAAAGACAGACCACGGCCUCCCUCAUGAUCCGUUCAAGGCCUGCGUAAUCCCCCGUCCCAUCGGCUGGAUCUCCACCGUCUCCCCAACCGGAACCGCCAACCUCGCCCCCUACAGCCAAUUCACGAACCUAACCUUCGACCCGCCCUACGUCCUCUUCAGCAGCAACCAAACAGUCCACGGCACCCGCAAAGACACCGUCACGAACGCCGAAUCAACCGGUUGUUUCGUCUGGAACCUCGCCACCUACCCCCUACGCGAAGCGAUGAACAUCACCGCGCAACAGUUCCCCUACGGGGUGGAUGAAUUUGAAAGGGCGGGGUUAUCGAAGGAGGAGUCGACGGUGUUGCCGGUCAGCGUGCCGAUGGUGAAGGAGAGUCCGGUGAGGUUUGAGUGUGUGUAUCAUUCGACGAUGAGGUUGCCGGGGAAUCCGCCGAUGGGGACGGUGGAUGUCGUGGUGGGACGGGUGGUGGGGGUGCAUGUGGAUGAUGGGGUUAUUACGGAUGGGUUGUUGGAUGUGAGGAAGACGAGGCCGAUUGCGAGGUGUGGGUAUUUUCAGUAUGCGGUUGUGGAGGACACAUUUGAUAUGGUGAUUCCGGGGAUGAGUGAGGAUGUGUUGUAUGGGUUGGAGGGGAGUGCGAGGAGGAAUGGGGAGAGGGCGAGAGAGUUAAGUAAGGGGGAGGAUGGGGAGAAGGAGGGGGGAAAGGUAGAAGAGAAAUAG